AGGAUACCAAACCUUAUAGCUUUAAAUGGAGAGAUACCCAAAAUUUAAGCAUAAUCAGUAAGCUUACUUGUGUUAUUUUGACAAAACUGAAGGGCUAGGUAUGCAAUGUUGUGGAACUUAAAAGAGUGCAUCAGACAUUUUCUUCACUAAAUCGCACUAUAGACACAGAAUGCCCCCGGAGAGUUCAAAUUAUACAAAUUGGACCAUUGAAACUCCCUCCUCUUUAUUGAUUGUUAGUGUUUUAGCCUUUUUUCUAAAGAAAAAGAAAAAGCUCAGAUACUUUUUGUUAUCUUGAAGUUCAAGUUUUCAAACGUUAGGUACAAGUUUCAACAUCCCCCACCUUUUUCCUCUCUCAGUCUGACCUUCUUCACACUGAUUUUUCACCUUACUUUAGUCCCUUCAACUUGAAUCAUUUAUCCAUAAACUCAUAAUUCUCCUCCAUCUUCUUCCUUCAGUGUAUCUUAAAAUCUCCCAUCUUCAUUCUCGCUACAUUCCAUCAUAAUCUGUAUUUUCUUUUCUUCCUCACAGCCCAAUAUCCAUCUCAUUCUGAUCAAUCUUUCAACUUUCCUUUAAAUCCCCAGAAAACAAAAAAUCCCAAUUCAAUGAGAACAAUCAAAUUCCCAUGCAGAGGAUUGAAUUACAGUCUCUGUCUUCUCACUAUUGCAGUGAGUAUUCUGCUGAUCAUAACAGCUUCAAGAUUCAAUAUACCAAAAGUUACUUCUUCUUCUUCCUCUUCUUCUUCUGUUACAGUCAAUAAAUUGCAGAACUUUAAUUCAAAGAGGGUAAUAUCAAAAGGAAAAGGGUACCCUCCAGUUCUUGCAUAUUGGAUUUGUGGGACUAAAGGAGAGAGCAAGAAGAUGAUGAGAUUAUUGAAAGCCAUAUAUCAUCCCAGAAAUCGCUAUUUGCUUCAACUUGAUGAUUCUUCAUCUGAUUCUGAGAGAUUGGAUUUGGCUCAAGCAGUUCAAUCCUUCAAAUUGUUUGAGGCAUUUGGGAAUGUUGAUGUGAUUGGGAAGAGCUAUGCCAUCAAUAGGAUGGGAUCUUCGGGUCUUUCUGCUAUUCUUCAUGCUGCUGCUCUGCUUCUGAAACUCAAUGCGGAUUGGGAUUGGUUCAUCACCUUGAGUGCUUCAGAUUAUCCUCUUAUGACUCAGGAUGAUAUUCUGCAUGCUUUUACUUUCUUACCAAAAGAUCUGAACUUCAUUCAUUUCACAAACAAGACCAUCAGGAAAGAGCAAAGAGAUCUGAAUCAAAUAGUGGUGGACCCCAGUUUAUAUUAUGAAACCAGCACCCCUCUUUUCUUUGCUGUGGAGUCUAGAGAUCCACCUGAUACUUUCAACAUAUUUGGAGGAUCACCAUGGGUGGUAUUCACAAGAGCAUUCAUGGAUUAUUGUGUGAGUGGAUGGGACAACUUACCUAGGAAGCUGCUAAUGUUCUUCACCAACAUGGUCUACCCUAUUGAGUCCUACUUCCACACGCUGUUAUGCAACUCCAUUGAUUUCCAUAACACCUCCAUUGACAACUUCCUCAUGUUCUCUCUCUGGGACACUGACCCUUCUGAGUCCCAAUUCCUUGAUCUCUCUCACUAUGAUUCCUUGUUGGAAAGUGGGGCUGCCUUUGCUCGUCCCUUUGCUCACAAUGAUUUGGUUCUUGACAAGAUUGAUGAUCUCAUCCUCAACACAUGUCCUUCUUAUUCUGGUGUUGUUUCCGGACAAUGGUGCUCAUCAAAACCAGACACAAAUGAUAAGAAUACCAAUAGUAAUGACACCAUUAUAGAUUCUUCUUCUUCCUCUUCAGAGACUCAAGAUUUAAUGUUGUUCUCUGCUAAUAUUGAUGCCGUAAAGCCUGGGCCUUAUGGUAUCAAGCUUAAAACUUUACUUUCUGAAGUUGUUAGGAGGGAUUAUAGUACUAGUCAUGUCAAAAACUUUGAAUAA